AUGGGAGCGGUGAUAUCAGAGUGUGGCAUCCAUGUUUUAAGCGUGUCUGAGUCACACAACUUCUGUAAAACCUGCAUCACUGAACACUGGAAUAUUAAUGUCCUGUGUCAGUGUCCCAACUGUGAAGAGGUUUUCAACACAAAACCUGAGCUGCAGGUCAACACUUUCAUCUCUGAGAUGGCUGCUCAGUUCAGACAGUCAGCUCAACAGAAAGCCAGCAGCAGCAGCUCAGAGCAACAAGCUGCCAAACCAGGAGAAGUUCCCUGUGAUGUCUGCACUGGAACCAAACUGAAGGCCCUGAAGUCCUGCCUGGUGGGUCUGGUGUUUGUCUUCAUGCUCUGGAUGGUUUUCGACAACAAGACACACGAUGCUGAAAUCCAGAAGAGACGACUGAAGAUUGAGGAGAUCAAACGCUCAGUGGAGCUCAGUAAGGAAGAUGCAGACAGAGAGAUAGCAGGUGGUGUUCAGGUCUUCAGCGCUCUGAAGGAGUCUGUUGAGAGAAGCCAGGCCGAGCUCAUCGACACGAUCAAAGAGAAGCAGAGAGAGACAGAGAAACAGGCUGAAGGCUUCAUCAAAGAGCUGGAACAGGAAAUCUCUGAGCUGAAGAAGACAAGCUCUGCUCCACCCACCAAAAACUGGACAGAAGUCAGCGUCCGUCCACCUUCAUAUGAGGGGACUGUGAGGAGAGCUGUGAAUCAGCUGGAGGAGACGCUGAGUGAACAGAUGAAGAAGCUGCUGGAGGCCGAGCUGAAGAGGGUCCAGCAGUAUGCAGUGGAUGUGACCCUCGAUCCUGAUACAGCACAUCCCUACCUCAUCCUGUCUGAUGAUGGAAAACAAGUACUUGAUAGUGAUGUAAAGAAGAAUCUUCCGGACAAUCCAGAGAGAUUUAAUCAUGUUGUUGUUGUCUUAGCAAAGCAGAGUUUCUCUUCAGGAAGAUUUUACUACGAAGUUCAGGUUAAAGGGAAGUCUAAGUGGACUUUAGGAGUGGCCAGAGAGUCGAUGAAAAGGAAGGGAAAAAUCACAGCGACUCCUCAGAAUGGUUACUGGACGAUAUGUUUGAGGAAUAAAAAUGAGUACUACGCUGGCCCUGAUUUUCGUCUCUCCACGGAGUCUCGGCCUGAGAAGGUGGGGGUGUUUGUGGAUUAUGAGGAGGGUCUGGUCUCCUUUUAUGAUGUUGAUGCUGCAGCUCUUAUCUACUCCUUUACUGGCUGCCGCUUCACUGAGAAACUCUACCUGUUCUUUAGUCCCAGUCUUAAUGAUUGUGGUGAAAACUCUGCCCCUCUGAUCAUCUCUCCUGUCAGAGUGGAAUAA